AUGAAUUUCUUUCGUCCUCCCCUAACUUCUUUUAUUAAAACUCUUGCUGAUCCACAAUUGGAAUCAGAACAAUUCAUGAUUGGUAAUGAAUCUAUUACAAGCAAGAAGGAUGUGAUUAGAUAGUUACAAGAGUAAAUCCUGCAUUUCAAGGAGGCUCACCAUUUCACAUAGUCUGAAAUGGAUGUGAUACGACAAUUUGAAUUAUUACUAGAAAGUAAACACAAGAGAAGGGACAUUCAUUUUCAGAGUCAAACUACAGAUAUGACGAGGAAAAAGAAGUCAGAGGUGUUUAGGAUGAAACGUGCUAAGAGAAGAACUAUAAUCAAGGUAUAUGCUAAGAAACUUAAUGCAGCAAGAAAUAGAUUUCGAAUUUUGGGUCAAUUCAUAUCAAAUGAAGAGAUUCAUAUCAUCGAAGAAACCUUUGGAUCGCAUGUCUUCAGUGACAAUCGCAAUUUCAGUCUCAAGAUUGGAAUAGCAUUGAAAAAUAAAUUUGGAUAUGAAUAUUAUGAUAAAUCUCAAGUGAUAAAAGAGAUUAAAAGAUUAAAGAAACAACAAGACCAGAUUUUGAGUCACUAAAUAAUUAAAAUAAUGAAUGAAUUACUUAAUUAUGCUCUUGCAAAGUGUUUCCAAGAAAAUAUCUUGAAUGUUGUAAAAGUGAAAACAAGAGCCCACAAGCCCUUGCUCACUUCUGGUUCCCAAGUCAUUGAUCUCCCCUAAAAAAAUCGAUCCAAUUUUAUGUCCAAAAAGUCUCAUCCCUCAUGUGAUCUUCAGAUAGACACAGAACUUGAAUACUCUCAUAGUAAAAUUAGAUAGAAAUCUAUUAAUGAUGUCUAAUUACCCCACAUCUAGUUAGAUGCUAUCCACAGAAACUUCUUUGAUAAUUAAAAUAUUAACGAAUCAGAUUGUCCAACCACCAAAAGAUACGAUAGAUACAGAUCAUUUUCCACAAAGGCAAGUAAAAAUCAAAGGAAAGGGUUCUUAGGUCUUGAAAUUAACAAUUAACAAAUAACUUUAAAUUAUAAGAAAUUACUCUCUAAAUUAAAUGCAGAAUUCACAAAAUUCUAAUUAACGCUAUAUUUAACCUAAUAUAUUGGCUCAUUGGAUUACGUUAGCAAACUAUUACAGUUAUUAAACUGCCCUUCCAAAAUAACUUUACCUUCGUUUAAACAAUUGAUUUAUUAAAUUCAAGAUAUGCAAUAAAUUGAGAUUCAAUCAUGUAUAUUUUAAACAUUUGAUCUUGAUUGCAAAGGAUUCAUUUCAUCAUCUGAUCUAUUCAAAAUGUUUACGUCAAAUGGAGCAAUUUAGAAGGAUGUCGACUUUAUUUACAAAAAUGUUCCCAUUGAAAAUGAGAGAGAGAAAAAACUGAAAAGGAUAUACCUAUGUGAGUUUAAGGAAAAGCCCAGACCCAUGUUAAUUACUACAAUGAAGAACUCACCAAGGAACAAAUAUAAAAUCAAAUAAUUUUAAGGGAAUAUUAUUAAUUUUGAAAUGUUUUGCAAAAUAUACAAUAAAGAAAUCCCUGAAAUUUUUAAGGAAUUCAUUAGACUAAUGUUUUAUAAUUAUAUUUGA